AUGGCGGAGACCGGCGCUCCUGUGCCGGCUGGAAGUGGAAGUAUCCUCGUCUUCCGCGGAUGGGGAGCAGACAAACCGGGCAUUUGCCAGGCCUUUUUGGGACUUGUCGUGGAGCACCAGAGCGAGGUCCUCGACAUGGCCCAGUUCCUUCUCGGGGGUGGCCUCAUGUUCACGUUUGUGCUGAAGGUAGCCGAUCAGAGCUCCAUCGGCUUGAUGAAGUCUCUCACCUCCUGUGCCAAGGAGCAAGGCCUUCAGCUCAACUUUCACUUCCCGGACGCGGGGCAGGUGCCAGAGGCCGAAGGUGGCAACGAGGCGGUGAUUUCAGUUGUUUCCUCGUCGUCGAUCACUCCAGCGUUGAUGUUUGACAUCGACAAGGUUUUCUGGGGCCACGGCUGCGUGGUGCUCGAAAUCGAGCACCGAAGCGACAACAUGAAGGAGCACAACAGCGAAUACAACAAGGUCCAGAUCCGCAUCCGGUGUCCGGCUGGGCUCAGGCUUGCGACUCUGAUCAUGGGACCUGCAGGAGGUGAGGUUGAAGGCCUGCAAAAGGUGGCUUGGGAGCAUGGCGGAGAAGUCACGGCGCGGUGGUGGGAUGCGAUGAACAGGCCAAACGGGAAGUCGUUGGUGGUCUUCGGCCUUUCGAACGUUCUCUGCCCCGACGAUGUGCUGGAUCUCGUGCUUCGAGAGGCUGGAGUGGACCCUGAAUCGGUGAAGUCAGAGUCGGCCCAACCAGGUGCUGUCGAAUCCACCAAGCUAGCGAUGCUCAAAGGCCAAAGUACCCAAUUGGUGCGCAAGGUGAUCGACCACUUGACGUUCACUCCCGGUGCCAAGGUGGUUUGCUCGGCCAUGAAACGCCUGGGCUGCCGACUUGCUAUUCUGACUAACACUGGCAUGCGCGAAAUUGCGGAGCAUGUCAAAAGCCAGCUUGGGUUCGACUAUGUGAUUUGCCGCGAUGUGGAGAUUGAGGACGGUUGCUUCACGGGCAGGUACCUGGGAGAGCUUUCAGACGUGAAGUUCCGCAAAGCGGACCUGCUAAAGCUCAUGGCAGAGAGGGAAGGCGUGGACUGCCGGAAUGUGAUCACAGUUGGAGAGCCGUUAAAGGGGCUGAAGGCUGCGAACGCACGGCUGAUGCUGGAAAAUUUCGGACCCAAUGUCUUUUUCAACUCUACCAAGAUGCCAGACCUGACCAUUGUCCUCUACCUUCUGGGCUUCAGCGGCUCUGAUGUGAGGGCAUUGAGGAAGCGACGUUGGGACGAUGGCCCUGGGACCCAGGAGCCGUCAGGUUCGGCCGUGCCUCCUUCACCCGCAGCCAAGCGCUUCAUGGUGCAGGUUAGCGCCCAGACUCGGACCGCUGGUCAACUGCAGCGGAUAUUCCAUCCCCUGGCCCCUUUAAGAAACGAUGUGCAGCUUACAACAGUUCGACAAUGCAGCUUGCAGGACGGUGGCAUGUGCCUUGGUCUGGACCUGACAGUCCUGAAGGCCCAGCCGGAUGCGGUCGUGAAGGAGCUUGUGUACACUUGCCAGAAGGAGGGCUUCGCCAUUAUGGAUGUCAACGAUUCUGCAAAAGACUACAACUGGCAGCUUCGAUAUCAGAACAGAUACGUCGUGACACUGGUGCAGAAGCCGAACAUUAGCAGCACUUCGCUGAGUGAAGUGAUGAGUGUCUUCGGAUCCAAGGGCAUCAACAUCAUCAAAAUAGAACGACUUAGCAGCCGUGACAUCGCCUCCCUGCAGUUCACGGUGAGCUUGCCCGAGAGCCUUUCAUCGGACGAGUUCUCCAAGCACCUCGUGGAUGUCUCCAAGCGACAGGGCGCUGACAUUGCCAUUCAGCGUGAUGAUUUGGAACGGUGGAUGCGACGCUUGGUGGUCUUUGACAUGGAUUCUACUCUGAUCCAGCAAGAGGUCAUCGAUGAGUUGGCUAAAUUGGCCGGAGUCGAAAGUCAAGUCAAGGAGAUUACUGAAGCAGCGAUGCGUGGCGAACUCGAUUUUUUUGGAUCGCUGAAGUCCCGUGUGGCACUGCUGAAAGGUCACAAUGCGGAGGAACUUUUUGCAAAGGUCAAGGCGAACUUGAUCUUUACACCGGGUGCCAAGCAGCUCUGCACGUGUCUGAAGCGCUUGGGCUUUAAGACGGCAGUUAUUUCUGGCGGCUUCUUGCCUGUGGCACAAGAGGUUCAAAAGUAUCUGGGCCUGGACUAUGCUUUUGCCAAUACCUUGGAGGUGGAUGAGACCGCUGGACUCCUGACGGGAAAGACUUCUGGGCCAGUGGUAACGCCACAGAGAAAACGGCAGCUGCUGGCUACUAUAGCCAACGUGGAAGGCUGUGAGAUCCAGCAGACCAUUGCUGUCGGUGAUGGCGCAAACGACAUUCCCAUGCUGCAUGCAGCUGGACUCGGCAUCGCCUUUUGUGCGAAACCCAAGGUGCAGGAAGUCUCGCGCUUCAGAAUAAACCAAAUGGAUUUGAGCACGGUGCUUUUUCUCAUCGGCAUCUCUGAGCGUGCCAUGGAACGGCUAUCAGAUGAGAGCAAGAGUUGA